AUGACUCUCUCCAAGACGAUUGCCGCGGUCCUGGUCGGCGCGGGCGUGGUCUCUGCCCGAUCCGGUGCCGGCACAUCGCUGGACCCCGUUCAGCCGGUGCUCCGACCCGACGGCGCCCUAGCCAAAGAUCCGCUUGCUCACCUGGGAGGCAACGGGCCUUGGACUGCCGCCGAUGAUCUCAACGGGAUCUCCUCUGAUGUGCCUGAGAACUGCCGUGUCGACCAGGCUGCCUACGUCCUCCGGCACGGGUCCCGCUACCCAGACACGGGCGCCCACAACGGCUGGGUGGAGAUGGCUCGGCAAUUUAAGGAGAGCAACUACUCGGCGUCGGGGCCGUUGUCCUUUUUCCACACCUGGAACACGCCCCUCACACACCCUGACAUACAGAUUGCCCAGCUCAUCGACCUUCGUUCCUCCUUCCUGCGAAAAAGGAGAGCUGAUUGGGGUUAUUCUGCGUGCGUUAGCUAUCCGGACUUGUACCAGGAAGGCGAUGACUUCUACGUCUGGGCCAACAACUACACCCGGGUCCUCCAGACCGCCCAGACAUUUGUCCGCGGGUACCUGGGACCCAAUUCGACGCUGCUCGGCAAAGUCGUCUCCGUCACGGGCCGCGGUAUGCCCGCCCACCUCGGCGACACCCUCGCGCCGUCCGACAUGUGUCCCACUUUCAAGGACGACAGCUCUGUUCAGACAGCAGCCUGGCGCUCCAUCUGGCUGCCACCCUUCAUCGAGCGCCUCUCUCAAUACAUCGACGGCGACCUGCAGCUCGACGACUCCAAGUGGAACGACUUCCCCUACAUCUGCGGUUUCGAAUCCCAGAUCACGGGCCGCCUGUCCCCCUUCUGCGACACCUUCACACAGGGAGAGCUCGAGCAGUAUGAGUACCACCAAGACCUCCGGUAUUACUACGGCGUGGGUCCCGGCGCGGACGUGUCCCGGCAGAUGAUGGUACCAUUCUUGAACGCGCUAAUCCAGCGCUUUGUCCACGGGCCCGAGGCGGAGGGCAUCGCCGCCGGCGGGGGCUCGUUCAAGCUACCCAAGCUGCUGAUGAACUUCCUCAACGACGGCCAGCUCAACCAACUCGCCGCCGCCAUCGGCGUCUUUGACGAGCAAACCCCCCUCCCGACCGACCGCAUCGCCACGGACCGUCUCUGGCGCAGCUCGCGCAUCUCGCCCAUGCGCGGCACCAUCGCCUUUGAGCGCCUCAACUGCAGGGUCAGUGCUGGCGGCAACAACACCACCACACACCCCACCACCACCACAUCAAGAGCCUGCAAGCCCCGGCCAACCACCGGCGCGAAACCCACGCGGCGCCACCAAGGCCCGAGCCGGAACGAGACCUUCAUCCGGAUCCGCAUCAACGAGGCCGUCUACGCCGUGCCAUCGUGCCAGGACGGGCCGGGCCGGUCGUGCAGCGUGGCCAAGUAUGCCGCCUACCCGCUAUAA